AGUUCUGCGCGGGAAGGAAGAGCUGAGCGAAAGCAGCGUUAGGCGGGAGGCUAGGCCGGGACCCGGGGGGUGGCUCGUCUCGGCGCUCACCGGGAUUUGUAGUCUAUGCCGGCUACCGCUGAGAUCCCAUGCAACGUCGGUCGGCUCCAGAGGUCGGUGGCUGCGCCCGAAAUGGCGACUGUGACCCCGACGGCGAAGAAGAAAGGAGGGGAGGAGCCGACAGGGGCCUCCCUGGGGAGAAAACUGCCGGAGAGGAUUUUGGCGACGUGACGAGGCGCCGCUUGAUCCGCCAGCAGUACCGAGAACUAAUAUCUACCGUUCAGCAGAACAGAGAGCUGAUGUUGAGCACCAGUAAUGAUAAAUUGACAGAGGCUCUAGAAGAUGCUGAUAAACUAUUUACUGGAGUGACAGUGCCCUCGACAAGGGAGGCUGCUUUGGAUGCCCAGUUCCUAGUUUUAGCAUCAAAUCUAGGAAAAGAAAAAGCAAACCAGUUGCGCUCAGAUAUGACAGGAUUUGAUCCUUCUGCAUUUGCUGAAGAUUUAUUAUCACUUAUGGGUCUAAAUCGUUUGGAAAGAGAAGAAAGUGAAGAACAGGUUGCUAGUGGAUUCUUACCUAAUAAUGCUUGGCAUAAACUUGGUGAAGAAGCAAAAAAACACUUUAGGAGGGCACCGGUUUUUCAUUUCAUGUUGGGCACAUUUACUCCUGAUCCUCCUGCUGAGAGGCCACGAAUUGAAAGGCAACGAAAGAAGAAAAGUUCAGAUGGAAACAGAGCAAUGCCUGCACAAUUAAAGAGAAUGGAAGAAUCUCAUCAAGAAGCUACUGAAAAGGAAGUAGAAAGGAUUUUGGGAUUCCUUCAAGCCUAUUAUGCAGAAGAGCCCGAUACACCAAUAUCCUUCCUUGAGUUUGUGACUGACCCAAAUUCUUUUGCACGAACUGUGGAAAACAUGUUUCAUGUCUCAUUCUUAAUAAGGGAUGGACUUGCAAGAAUAAAACUGGAUCAAGAUAAGCUUCCUGUAAUAGAACCUUUAAAUCCAGAAGGAGGAAAAAAUGAUGAGGAUACUCAAGCACGGAAACAAGCAGUCAUAUCAAUUAACUAUCAAGAAUGGCAGAAUAUUGUGGAGACAUUUGAAAUUUCAAUGCCCAUGAUUCCACCUCCCUCAUAGCCACUGAUGAGAUGAAGCUGUUCUGAAUGUAAGGUAUCCAUAGUUCCAUGAGGACACUUAAACAGAUCAGUCUGAUCUUGGCAGGAGAAGGCACAGAGGAAACUAGCAAAACUUUCCUGUUUAAGUAUUGCAUAUUUGCUUGAACAAAGGGAGUGCUUC